AUGCCGCCGCGCGUCCUCCUCCUCCCCAGCCGGCGGCCGCUCCUCGCCUGCGCCCACGGCGGCAGCAGCAGGCGGCCGUUCUUCUCCCUCCCCUCCGCCGUCGCCGCCGCCCUCAACCCGUCCUCGUCCACCUCCUCCUCCUCGGGCGGCGGCCAGACCAUAACCGUCACCCGCACGCUGCCCUACCCGCCCGCGCCGCUGUACGACCUCAUCGCCGACGUCGACGCCUACGCCUCCUUCCUGCCGCACUGCCACGCCUCCCGCGUGACGGAGUGGUCCGACCCGCUCCCCACUUCCGCCUCCGUCGACACACCCACCGCCACCACCGAACACCAACACCAACAACAAUCACACCAGCACCAGCAGCAGCACGAGCACGGGCAGGAGCAGGAGCAAGAGCAGCGCAAAAGAGGGAGGCGCUGGCCCCGCCGCGGCACCCUGACCGUCGGCUACGGGCCCCUGACCCAGACCUACUCCUCGCGGCUGUACUGCCACCCGGCCACGUACGUCGUCGAGGCCGUCUCGGGCCGCGCUAGCCCCACGCUUUCUCCUUCGGAGCUGCGCGACAUCGGGCUCGACGCCGACGCCGAGGCGCGGCGGGCCCGCGAGAGCCGGCCGGGGGAUACCUUUGAGAGCCUCGUCACGCGGUGGAGGGUCAUUCCGUCAUCUUCGGCCGAGUCCGAGUCCGAGUCCUCUUCUCCUCCUUCUUCUUCUUCAGCGAGCUCUGGUGCGGGUGCGAGGAGGCAGUCCGGCGGCGUGGCGGCGAUGACGACGACGAGGGUCGAGCUCGCCAUCCGGUACAAGUUCGCCAACCCCGUCUUCCAGCUCGCGACCGGCCAGUUCGGCGAGGAGAUCGCCAAGCUGAUGAUCGAGGCCUUUGAGAAGCGGGCGCGGGAGAAGCUGGGGCCUGCAGGGGGUGGUGCUGGUUCCAAGUUGUGA